GCGCGGCGGACGGCAACGCUUCCGGCCCCGACCCGGUCCUCGCCUCGUCUUCAUUGCGAUCCGGUCCCGGUCCCGCCGCUAUGCCUUCCGUACAGAAGAAGAAUGGGUCGAGUGCCCGCGACAGGAAGCUGGCGGCUUUCCUGAAAGACUUCGACCGCGAGGUGCAGAGCCGAGUGGAGCGGCUGCAGAUGAACGGGCAGCAGCUUAUUAAGGAGAUGGAGAACCUGUACGACAUGGAGGUCCUGCGGCUGCCGGUAGCGGUCCGAGGGAUGAGCUGGGUCGAUUACUGCGUUAAAGGAGGAAGCAAAAAGGCAUUGGAAGAGGCAGCAAUGGUAGACCUGGAAAUAAGAGAAAUAAACAAGCUGACAGUGGAAGCUAUCCAGACUCCUUUUAAAAUUGCCAAGAAAGUGGGAAAAGCCAAACAGAAUAUUGAAGCUAUUGAAGAAGUAGAGCCUUCUUUGCUUCCUCAAGCCAAGAAAACAAAACAUGACAACGAAUGUCUUCCAGACUCAGAAACUGAAAACAUCAACCCAAGAACUGCAAAGGUGAAGGCCUCCACUAAAAAAGUGCCAGUGUCCAGGAGCAGAAGAGCUGCUUCAUCAAGAGUGAAGCGCAUGAGUAAAAGGUCAAGCAAAAACAGCUUUAUCACUCCAGCUACUGGGAGAAUGGUUGAAUUCUGUGCUCGGGGAGGCAACUCCAUGCUGACACCCAGAUUUGAUUCCAGUGUGUUCAAGACCCCAGGCCUCCGUGUGCCCACGCUGAACGAGCGCGUCUACACCAUCUCUGCCAACGGCAGCCCCCUCGCCGACAGCUCUGAUGUCUUCAUCACUGUCCCCAUUGGAGGAGGGGAGUGCCUUCGUUUAACAGCAAAUGAUUUGACCAGGAAGAAUCUUCUUCAUCUGAACCCAGAGGCCCAAGGAGUUAUGAAGAAGCUCUCAGUUCGUCUGGCACAAGCUUGCAGCGUUACAAAAAACUACAGAUGAAGCUUGGACUGCUGAGACCUCUCUGUAAAUACAGAAAGUUACCUUGAGGACUGCUGAGACCUCUGUAAAUACAGGAAGCUGACCUUGAGGACUGCUGCUUUUAGUUCUUGUUCUAAUUUGUGGCUUCCAUUAACUUACAGGAUGGAAGUUCAGAACUGGUUUUUCUACCUAUAGCAUGGAAUGGCAUUAGAAUAGAUUGCAGUUUUUAUCUUUGUUUUCAGGAAAAUAGAACUCCAACUUUUUGUUUCCUUCAAGGUUUAGACCAACAUACAGUUCUCUCGGGCUGGCAGAGCAGCAGGCUGGGCAGAGGGGCUCUUAUGGUAUCUUGCAGAAGAUGCAAGUAGUGGACACAAGUGACUAGAGCUUGCCUGUGUCUGGGUGAAGAAGGCAGAUCAGAUUUGUGCUUCCUUCCAAGCAGGGCCUUUCUCUACAAAUACCCUUAAAGGGUGGCGACUGUCACAGUGCAGGACCUGAGCUACAUCAAGGGAAGUUCCAAGGCCUGAAUGGAAGUCCUGUAGCUCAUGAUGCUGCCAUGAACAGCAAUCCUUUGGUUCCUGCAGCAGCCACUGUAUUUUUAACUGGCUUGAAGUAAGCAAUAUUAGGUGUUUCAUUGUUAAAGAAAUAAAGGAUCCCUCAUUGCUUACAGAAAAUGCAGAAAUCUUCAUCUAUUCCAGACUGAUGCCAGUUCCACUUUAAAUGUCACCCCCUGGGAAAGGUUGCUGUACGGAUUGAAAGUGUAAGUGGAAGCACACAUCUGGCUUAAUACUUCCAUGUGAAAUGAAGCAGGGAGGAAGCCUGGCCUCUGCUUUCCUCCAACCACCAUCCUACUGUUCACAGCCUAGAGGGGCAGGGCCAGAGCUGUACAAAGCACUGGCUCUCUGUGGGAAGCUUGCAUGAAAUCUUCACUGUAAAAG